AUGCUUCCCAACCUCCAACUUUUCCUCUCCCUCUCCCUCUCCCUCUCCCUCUCCCUCUCCCUCUCUCCCUCCCUCCCCUUCCCUCCUUCUCUCCCUCUUCCCUGCUUCUCUCCCCCUUCCCCCCUCUCCUCUCUCCUCUUCCCCACGUCUUCUCUCCUCCUCGCUUCAGCCAUGUUGACUCUGAUCAAGAGAAUGCGCGAGCUCGGGUUGGAAGCAGAGGGGCCUCACUUCAGUGCAAGAUACAAGACGACCGACUUUGCCCCCGAUGCAGUUAUAGGCAGAGAUCUUCAAUAUGAAUACUCUUGGAUGAAGGGGCAUCUGUUGUUCCAUCCCGACACCAUGGAGCCUUUCAACUUCCAUCGUUUCUUCCUCGAUGACCCCAACGAUCCCUUCCAAGCCGUGCGCGUCGACCCAAGGGACAUGGACGACGCGAUGCGAGAGAGAAUGAAGAAUCCUCACCUGUACAUCCAAGGGAUUCGCGACAAAGUCGAUGAGUACUUCUACUUGAAGAGGACGAGGAUCGAGGCCAUGCAGGUCGCUGUGGAGCAGCUGACGAGCGCGCACAAUCGGAAUCAGCAGCAGCUGAAGCGCUUUCAAACCCCCGUCAGGUUCUUCGUGAACUCCUCGCAGUCUCUCCCUCAGACCAUCUCCAUGUGCACAAAACCCUCCAUCGGAAGAGACCUCGCUUCAACCGCAGGCGAUGCCCAUUCUCCUCCUCCUCCUCCCGUCUCCAUCAUCUUCGAUCACGGUUGGCACGCGUGGCCUUCCAUCAACAGCAAGCAGCUGCUCUGCAUCCCCAACGGCACCCUCCACCUCCUCGGAGCCGGCGAUGCGCCAUGGCUGUCCCCCGUGCAAGACAGGGAGGGGGAGGAGAGCACAGCGCAUGAGGACUCCGUGCACAAGGGAAGGAAGGCAACGACUCUCUUUGGCAGCCUGUGGAUGGACGAGGAUAGCAGGGGAACUUGCUGCAAGCUGAAGCUGCUGCAGAACCACACCAGAGACCGGCGGUCGUUUGCUCUGAAAGCCUACGAGUACUUGUUGGAGGAGGAAAACCAAGAGGAGUGGGAGGGGGUGCAGGAGGGGAUCGAAGACAUGGACCCUUUCGACGAUCCUUUCGCAUGUGUGGCUGUGUUCGGAGACUGGAACUUUUCUUUCUGCGAUCUGCGAGGAGGAUACGAUCAUGUGAUGAGCUUGAGAGAAUCCGGAAGUGUCAACGUGUCUUAUUGUUACUUCAACAACCUCCCACAGGACGGAGACCGUGACCCUGUCAAGCAUCCCUUGCACCAGAUGUAUGACGUCGUCAACAACCGCACGCUCCCCUUCCACGGGGCCCCGCCGGACAUGACGGGCAUCGUUUGCUACCAUCGCUCUCUGGCCCGGGCUGAGGGCUGCGUCUUCGGGGACCUGCUAUGGUGCGGCAUGAGAGCCAUCGACGAGUCUCGCAUGGUUGCCGAAGGAUGCGUCUUCGCUACGUUCCAGACGGGGAUGAAUUUCAGGGACGAUUCUCGUUCCUACGCCAGGGCAUGUCAGUUCAACACGUCGGUCGCAGCUCUAUUCGUCGAGCAUCGAUCAUCCCUCCUUGCUGUUGAAUGCAACAUCAACCAGGCUGUGUUCGGCCUGAUGCUUCUCGGCAACUCAACUUCCGUCAUCAAGAGCAGCACCUUCUACAACUGCACCGACGGAGUUUUCUUUAGCAUCGGCGAACCAACCUUCCAGAAAGCUCAACUCGAGGACAACCAUGUCGUCUGCUUUCCCAACGAGGAGAGGGAGUGCGGCUAUACCUGGCUGAGCUUGCAGAGGCCCAAGACGCUUGUUGAGAGGAAUAACACAGUCAUCAACGAUCCCUACUACCCGGGUACCUCUGACAUCGCCGCGAAAUACGACAUGUUCCCCAACGUAAGUGGCGUGCUGGGCCCAGAAGAGUUCGGCCAGCUGCUGGACUGGUUCGACAACGAGCUCGAAGACGAUGCUACCCCCGAGCAAGACACGUCUGCCACCCUCUCCCGCAUCAUGGAUCUGGAUAGGAGGCUGGCCACCAUCGACAGACUGGCGAAGUGGAAGCGGAAGGGGUUGCGCACGACCAAGACGGAGAGGUUUCAAAGGAGUCAGCUGAUGGCAAACAGCGGCCUUGAUAGGGUAGCUGUAGACAUAUGA